CAUUGGUAACGCUGCAAAUCGCGACCAAAACAAACAGUUGUCGGAGGGACAGGAGUCGGGCGUCGCUCCUCAAAAAACCCGUUGAUAUGACUCCAUUACCUCCCUUAUCCGUAUUAUUUUUAUUACUUACAUUUAUUGAUGUGCUUAGUGGUUAUGUAUAUGAUAACGAAUUCAAGGAGGAGUUGCUGGUGAAGCCUCUGCCGUCGGGACACGUCUACUCACACUUCGAGUUCACGACCACUUGGGCGACGCCGGGAAUCCAGGAGUCGGUGGAGCAGUAUACGGAUUUUGAAUUUGAGCACUAUGACCUCUUUCCACGAGCUCUUGGGGAAAUUGUAGAGCGUUACCAUGUGAGAGAACUUCACCUUAGCCUAACUCAGGGAUUUUGGCGCCAUCGAAAAUGGGGAUAUCCUGUCAUAGAUGCCCCACCUGGUGCCCAGUUGUGGGUGUGGUUCAACCCAUCGGAUGAAGAUUUGGAUCAGACCUGGCGAGAUUUGGUGAAUGCCCUCAGCGGUCUUGUGUGUGCUUCUCUAAAUUUCAUUGAUUCUACUAAUACAGUUUCACCAGAACUCAGUUAUCGACCAUUAGGACUUGCUGAAAAGUGGUAUGCUCAAAAUUCAUCUUUUUUGCGAUAUGCUGCUUUGCCUCGUGAAAAUGUUUGCACAGAAAACUUGACUCCCUGGAAAAAAUUACUGCCAUGUGAUACAAGGAGAGGUUUGGCAAUGUUGCUUCACCCUGCUCCUCUUUACACUGCUCAUUAUCAUGCUCUGUCUAUUCACCUCAGGCCAACCUGUCAGGAUGCGAGUUGCACUUCCUCCCACCUGGAACUUGUCCAGGCCUUGUCACUUGUCCAGAAUCCCACAGUCUCAAUGGAAGGACACCAAGAUUGGAGCCUUCGCCAGCUCUUCUCUGCUCCUCUUAUUUCUACGUGCCCUUUGGCUUCCAUGUCAAAGGUUUAUGUGGAUGUCACAAUAAACAAGGAUAGACAGAAUUUCAUCCUCUAUCCUGAGCCUGAUAGUAUUGAUGUAAGUGGAAGUGGAGACAGCUUGCGUCACUUGGCUGUCUAUGAUGCCCGCCUGGCUUUGAGCAAGGACAUCUUUGAUCUGGAAGCCCACUAUCAAACUCGUCAUGUAUAUGGCCUUAUUCCACCACCUCAUUUGCAUGUUUCAAGAUUUGUUACAGGAUAUGGACAGGAAGGUGGGAGUAUCACAGUAAAACUGACCAACACUGGAGGACAGCCACUGUCCGUCGUGUACCUUGAAGUGUUACCUUGGUACCUGAGACUCUUUCUGCAUACUUCACACACACACCAGCAGAUGCAGUCAGCUUACAUGUCUAAGUUGGUAACUGCACGAGACCGGGAGAGAGGAUGGCUUUAUGAAGCUGUAGUUGAAAUUCCAGCUGGUGCCACCAAGGAGCUAAGCUUGGAGUUCACCAGAGCCCUUUUAAAGUGGCUUGAAUAUCCUCCAGAUGCCAACCACGGGUUUUACAUUCCUGCUGCAACUGUGUCUGUUGUUUUGCCUACCCCAAGGAAUGUCUCUGUCAAUAGUCUUGAUGGGAAGUGCUUGAAGGAUAAGCUCAUUCUGAAAGAGGGUGAAAGCUUCGUCCGGAUUCACACAGAGACCCUUCUUGUGAGUCUUCCCACGCCAGACUUCUCAAUGCCUUAUAAUGUCAUCUGCCUUGCCUGCACUGUGGUUGCUCUUGCAUUUGGACCCAUUCACAACAUCACUACCAAGAAGCUUGUGUUAAAAAAAGUAGAAGACAAGGCAUCACCCCUAAGCAAACUUCUGACCAAGUUGAAAAGCCUGCUGAAAAGAAACAAGAUGGAGGAAAAGGAGACCAAGGGUACAGAUAGCAAGCAAGAGCCAGUCAUUGUAGAGGAAAAUCCAUUGUAUGAUGACAGAGAAGAACUAGAGGACAUCAAGGAAGAAGAGGAGAGUGAAGAAGAUAAAACAGCAAGUGAGGAGGAAAACAAGAAGGAUAAAUAGGCACUAGUCACCCUUUAUUUAUAUGGUACAUAAAGUUCAUUGUAUCGGAUUUUAGGAAAUGCUUUGAUGAGGAAAAAUAAUUUUGCCAAGAUAAGUAUAUGAUGAUUCAGUAAUUGCUUCAUCAGAAUUAUGUAAUUUUGCUUGUGAUGUAACUCAAAAUGUCAUUUGUUUACUUUGUAUUGUGAAAUGAAUCAUUCUCAUUCAUACUUUUUUCAACAAGGCUCAAAGAAUCAUAAGUAAUGAACUCAUUGAACAUUACAUGCACAUUCCCCAUACCUUGAUUUAGUAAGUUAGAAUUUUAAGCUUUAAGGUUUUACACCAAACUAUUAAUUAUUUUAGCUUGUAUUCGGUAUACAAAGUGUAAUAUAUGUGUAAAAAAUUGGAUUGUGUUAUUGAACCUGUUAUGAUAUUACUUUAAUAUACGGUUUCUUCAAAUUAUUACAAUGUCACAAAUUUUAUAUUUGUGUUAGAUAGUAUUUUUCUUCAACAUUCCAUGGUAUUAUAAGGUGAUAUUUAGUCAGGAGGGAAAAGUUGUUCCUAUCAGGAAAGUAUUAUUGUUAAAAGUACCAGCAAUGGUAGGGUAGUGGCACUAGUUUCCAUCCAGCUAAGAAAAACUUUUUAUAUAUAUAUAAUUUGCAUUAUAAUGUUUUCUGUUUUUUAUUUUAGUUAAUACAAUAAGAAUAUCCUUGAAAUGUCUCCAGAAUGUAAAUUGAAUAAUACAUAACCAUAUUAUUAAUAUUAAACCUUCAAAUAAU